AUGUCUGAAUCGGAGAAUAAGGCAGAGAUUGAUAAAUUGCUCAAAUCAGUUUUCAUAGGAACACUAUUGUCAUCAGGUGUGAAUCGUAAUAAUGACCUUAAACCUAUCGAAAAAGCCGAUUUCACCAAAUUACUUUUACCACUGAUAUUCCAAGAUGGAAUUUCACCAAUAUUUCAACUAUCAAUUAUUUGGCUUCCGAAUAAUAAAAUUUCUUUUUACAUCAAUGAAGCAGACGGAAAAGCCUUAGAACCGAUUGCACAUCAUUUGAAGAACCCCAAAUUAAAUCAAAAGAUAUUGAAUUCACAGAUAAAUGCUACAUGGGAUGAAACGGUUAGUAAAAUGGAACCUAAUGUUCACUGUUGA